AUAAAAAUACAAAAAUAUUUUGUGCAAACCUUUAAAAACAAUCAUUGUUUUCUUAUAGGCACGUUUAUUUGUUCUAUCGUUAAUAAAUUAUCCAACAACCAAAUGACACCGCAAUUCUCACAAAAACAAUUUAAUUGUUAAUUUUCUCUGUCGGUUUUUAGUCAGGCAUAAAUGUGGAUGUGCCUACAUUUCGUCUUGCAAAAGUUUGGACGCUGAAGUCAUACUGAAACUCUUUUCUUUUUUCAGUUAUCAACAAAAGUAUUUUGGAAUUGUAAUUUGGUCCGACACAUACAUUCCUGUGACGUCUUAACAACGUUAGUCCCUGUUAUUCGAGUAUAUAUUAUAUGAUGAGCUGUCGUAAUGCUCUCGCUUAUGCUUUGGGCAACGGGGUCCUAGUGGUAGGUGUAGUUUGCUUGCUUGUCUACUGUUGCAACUUGCUGCCAAGGCAGGAAGUGGCAGGCUAACAGCGAGCGACGGACGAAUGUAAACAACACGCAUUUUAGAGAACACAUGAUAAUAUAUAUGGACAAGUGGUGCUGGCUCUUUGACUUGCAUGACUUGCGAAUGCUGUUUAAACAAAAUAUCCCUUACUCUUAAAUAGUAAAUUGAGACUAUACGUCAGGUUUACUUUAAAAGGCAAGCUAGACGUUAGCUAGCUAGCUGGCUAGCAGUUGAUAACCCUCAACGACCGUUGCUUGCUAGUCAGUUGGCUAGCUAAUUUGACAAUUGUCUCGGAAAUCAGCAGACUGCAUGACAAAUUGGCAAGAUAGAAAAAGCAGCGUAUAGUUUGGGACCGUAGCUAUUAUAACCUAGUUAGGUUAGUUUCUUAAUCGCACAGGCGAAAAUAAGAUACAGGGCAUUUGGGUAAGCCAUAACUAUCCAUAACACUGUCAGCAUAGCUGACUAUAUUAGCCAGCUGUAGUAGUUAAAUUACUAAAGUUAUCAGCUAGCUAGGUAACUAGCUACAGCUGCGAGAGCUUCUUCCGAAAGUUAGUUGGGGACGUGUGUUUUGCCUUGUAUUUGACUGAACAACGCAGCCAGUAUAAAUGAGCCAGGUAGCUAGCAUUGCUAGCUAGUAGGUUUAGCUAUUUUGAUUGUUAGCUAGCGAGUAGUUUUAGCUAUUUUGAUUGUUAGCUAGCUACCUAGCUAACACAUGAAGCUCACUUGUUUUGUGACAGCUAUCCAUAUAGCUAUUUGUCGUUUCCAAAUACAUGUUAAUUGGCUUUCCACCAAUACAUAAAAUUAUCCAGGCAACACUGGAGCUACAUUUAGCUCCAAGAAUAAUAUGGCAGACACACCAUGACACAAUGCUAAGGCACAAACGAUUAAAGGAUAUCGUGUUUGCACACCACUGAAACUCCUGGCUUUAUUAUGGAUCAACCUGAAAGCGUCGGUAAGAGGUGAUAGUGGACUUGGAAAAUCUAAUGGAGAAGUUAAACCCCACAGAUUGGCUACAGGAUUCAAAUGGUUUUUGAAAUAUAUCAAUCAUGGGUGACAUGAAGACCCCUGAUUUCGAUGAUCUUUUGGCUGCCUUUGACAUCCCUGAUGCUACGAGUCUGGAUGCUAAAGAGGCCAUUCAGGAAAGUCAGGAUGAAGCAGAGGGCAACCUUAAGCACUCAGAAAUGUGCAUGGAUGCCACAAUGUCAGUCCCUCACCCAGUGACUAUAUCUGAUGCUCCAGCUGUCAGCGUUAUAGUUAAGAACACUAAUCACCAGGACUCUUAUGAACCUCUUAUGGAGAAAGAAAGCUCUCAGUUGGGACAUCUUUUGCAAAAUGGUUUCAGGAGUUCUCCUAGCUCCCUUGAGGGGCAUCUUGUUAGUCACAGCAAUUAUACCAUGUUGGAUACAUCACCUCUAAAUGGGGACUGUUCAGAAAGUUUUUUGGAAAAAAUUCCUAUGACCUACAAGACAGAAAAAGUUACACCUCUCUCAAAAUCUUUGUCUGACUUUAGUCCUAUAUCCAGCCCGGAAUCAGAAGACAUGCAGAACGAUGGUAUUAAUGACCAUUCAGACCACGGAGAUUCAUUUUUCCCAAAUGACUCACUGUUUGAAUCUGCAGAUGCCACUAUGUCAGACAAUCAGGGAAAACCAGAAGUAUAUAGAAUGAUUGACAAGUUCCAUAAAAGAGACCCUGGCUCUAAACUUGUGAACAAUUCCAGUAUUGAUCCCAUACCACACAGAGGUGAGAGUUUGGAGUGCUGCAAAAAAGAAGUUGAAAAGAAAUGUGACCACGUGACAAUGGACAACUGCAUUGCUGAUGUUGGAACAAAUGCAUACCCAACUCCUGAAACCAAUCCUUCUACACCUCCCCCCUGUGUCAAGACUCAGAACUCAAAACUGUCUUGCACUGAUGCAUUAGUGGGUUUGAAUGUAAAAAAAGAUCCUGGUGAGCAAAUAAAUUCAAAGGACUUGCUAGUGACUCGUAAAGAGACAAUGAAGGUUAGCCCCAAAGUUCCUAUUUCACCAAGGAGCCCAAGGAGCCCUCUUGAGGUAGUGAAACGAUUAAUUAAACAGCCUGAGAGCCCUGUGAGCAUAUGUAGUGACAGCAGUGGAAAAGCAUCUCCUGCUUUGGUUACUGGCUCACCCCCAGCCAUACCAAGAGUCAGAAUAAAGACAAUCAAAACCUCCUCUGGUCAAAUCAAACGAACUGUCACUAGCAUAUUUCCAGAUUCUGAAACUGAAGAUCUCCAGUCACCCUUUGGAUCAUCUCCAUCUCAGUCUUCAUUUGAGGAUGCAUUCUCUAAAACAUUGCCAAUGUAUCAUUCCCAUGAUAUUGUGAGCAAUGUCAUUUUUGAGAAUGGAAAGCAGGAGCACACUAAGCCACCUCUCUUUGGUCGCACAUCAAGUAUCGAAGCAGCUAGGAGGUCAAAGAAAUCCCAGUUCCAGAAUACUAACUGUGGUUUGAAAAGAACUCAGAGAGCAAAUAAACAGAAAAGGGCAUCUCCAGCUCAAACUGGCUGCCCUACCAAUCCAAAUUACCUUCCCAAAGCUUUACACUUGGCCAACCUCAAUCUGGUACCACACAGUGUUGCUGCUUCUGUUACAGCAAGGUCUGCCACCCAUAGGCAGGGACAUUCCCCGCUGUCAUCUCCCACUGUGUGCAGCAGUGUACCUUUAGUGCACCAAGUUAAAAAGACUUCACCAAACACACGUGCCAUUAUUCCUAAUACUGCUGCUGGCACUUUAAAUAGACUGUUGAAUUACCCUAACCCUGUGGCAACAUAUGUACCCAACUUGAGUCCACCAGCUGACAGUGAUAUUAACCUUCCACCACAUGGCUACUGCUGUCUGGAGUGUGGCGAUUCAUUUGGACUUGAGAAGAGCCUUGCUUUUCAUUACAGUAGGCGAAGUGUCCAUAUUGAAGUGGCCUGCACCAACUGCUCAAAAACCCUUGUGUUCUUUAACAGGUGUGCGCUACUAGCACAUGCUCGAGAUCACAAGAACAAAGGCAUGAUGAUGCAGUGUUCUCAGCUGUUCAUGAAGCCCAUUGCUGUUGACCAGAUGUUGGUGCCUACCAAGCUUGAGCAAGCUGUAUCACAGAUGACUCAAGGGAGAAGCAUUGUGCAGUCAUCCAAAAAUCUAACUGCAAUGCCUCUGUAUCCAGACAAAGUCAUGCAGCAUGGACUCAAAUGCUCAGAGUGCAAUAAGCAGAUGCUGGAUUAUGCAGCACUUGCAGGUCACUAUCAGAGGUCAUCCACAGAUUCUGAGUGUUUGAUGUGCAAAGUUUGCACAAUGUUGCUACCGAACAAGUGCAGCUUCAGGGCACACCAGAGGAUCCAUACUCACAAGUCCCCAUACAGCUGCCCUGAAUGUGGGGCUCUCAGUCACUUUGUGGAUUUGCAGAAGCAUGUGAAGGAAAAUUGCCUGCAUUAUGCACGGAAAGUUGGCUACUCGUGCUUGCAUUGUGAAACACUUUUCACGUCACUUCCUCUCUUAAAGAGGCACAUUGAGGAGAAACAUUGUGAGGUGUUCUAUAAGUGCACCAUCUGUCCUGUUGCAUUCAAGUCAUCUGAUGGUUGUCUCAUACAUGUCAAAAGUAAGCAUGGUGGCAGUGAACCUUCACACCAGCUUAUACACAAGUGCUCCUGUGAGACUGUUUUUAAGAAGAAACAACUACUGUAUCAACACCUCCAUCAGCGUACAAGCAUAUUCAGAUGUCCUGAGUGUACAUCCUACUUCUUGCAAAAACUAGCAUUGAUGCAACAUUUCAGGAGUGCACAUGGAGGAAUCAUCAGAGGUGAAACAGAGGAUGGGGCAAAGCUUGAAGCAGAGCCAGUAUCACAUCAUCUGAAUAGUGUGCCGGCAAACCACCAAGCAAAGCUAACUAAAUCCAGCAGUGGAGCUGGAAAGGUAGCUGGGGACUGCUCAACCUCAAGAAAUUCGACUUAUGGAUUAAGUAUGAAGAAUGCUGGCUGGACUUGUGGAGAAUGUCUUCUGUGGCUGCCAGAUAGAGAGACAUAUGUCAGUCACAUGAAGACUGCUCAUGACAAGUCUGUAAAGAGAAAUCCUUGCCGGCUGUGUGAAAGGUCCUUCAAUUCCUCCACAAGUCUGCGACGACACAUUCGUAGUGACCAUGAUGGGAAGAAGAAAGUUUAUACAUGUUGGUUUUGCACAAAUGAGAGGAUAACCUUCACGAAACACUCAGUGCUAAAGAACCACCUCAGCUUGAUGCAUGGAAUAAAGAACCCAGACUUCAGUCUCCUGACCAAGUUAGAUUCUCAAGAGACAAAUAAAGCCACUGGGAUGUGGUCUAAGAGAGCUGCAGAGAAGGUCCAUGAGGAUACAGGAGGCAGUGGAGUCUCAGACGCCAGCCCUGCCAAACGCCUGAAGCCCCUUUUCCGCUGUGCCAAUUGCGGCCUUACCACUGAGGACCCAGAGCAGUUCAAGGAACAUAUACCUCAACACAAGACAGAUAGUGACACACCCCAGUGCAAGCACUGUGGCCUCUGUUUUACGUCCAGGCUGGCACUUAGCAGACACCUCUACAUUGUGCACAAAGUGAAGGGGCUCGAAGACCAGAAGGGAAACACGGAGGAUUUGUCAGAUCCUGAAGGUACAGAAAUGCCAGAUGGAAAGGAGGUAUCAACGAACCUAUGUGGAAAUAGUCAAUGUGGACCUCCUUCACCAGAAAAAACUGGCUUGUGUGGUGAAGUGGAGUCACCCAAACUUCUGACUGAGACAUGCCAUGAGACUUUGGCUCUUAAGACCUUGGAUAGUGCUCUUCAUUCUGGCAUGGAAGUUCAGGCUUCAGAAACAAGUGUACAUUCUGUGGAGGAAGGACGGGGCUGAUUAAUGAACAUCUUCAGUCAAGAGCUGCUAUACAUUGCAAUUUGUCAGAGCAAGUAGAAGAUGAACAUGCUUGCUAACUGUACAGUGUAUGCAGCAAACAAAUGUGAUAUCAAAACAGGUUGCCUUACAGUGAAAUAUUUAUCUCAAGUACAAGAACUGUGGAAAACAUAAGCUAGUUAAAAUUUCCAUUGCAUCAUCAUAAUCAAAUAAUGCAACUCUGUUCACACAGUUAAUCUUGUCUCCACCCCACAUCUCAUUACCUCUUUGUAUGGUCCCCUUAUGUGUGUGGAUAAUCAUAAUUUAUUUUUGCUUUAUCAUUAUAGCUGUGUAAUUUUGUUUCACUGUGAAGCAAAAUGUAUGUGCUUUGGUACAGUCUACAUAUCUAUCAAACGUAUUUUUGGUACAUUACACCACUGGCUCGUCCAGAUGAAAUGUUGUGUAUGGGUUUAAUGUUCUGUUCGAAUGAUAUGCUGGACAGUCAGGCAGCACUUUGACCGUUUAAAGGGUCACCAAAUAUGUCAUCAGGACAAUUUACAAAGGAAGUGAGUACCUUUUAACAGCCAUAGAAAGAAUCCCAGGUGGUGCUUAUGGUUCUAUACCCAAUGCUGCUUCUGAACAAAGGACAUAUUUGGUGAUGUUUUUUUCAUGUUGCAGUAAGCGUCUUUGACUGAGGGACUGGAUAUUUGUCAGUGUUGUUACUGGAAAUCAGUAUUAUUACUAUUGGAGAUCACAUUAUGUGCUUCAGAAAGGUAUUCACGUAAAUCCAGGUAUCUGCACUCAGAGGAUAUAUAUUUUAAUAUUCAUUCCAUUUACUAGUUUCACUAGCAUUUAUAUUUAAUGAGCCAUUCUUACAAUCAGAGUUAGCACUUUUGUAAAUGCAUAUAUGGAGUAACAGGCCUUGGUAAAAACUGUACUCAGAUUUAAGACAUCAUACUUGUGAAACAAUAUAUGUUCAACAUAUGUUUUAUGUUGCUUUGGGACUUCAUAAACAUUAUUUUCAGAUUAUUAUAGUUUUUCAUUUAUUUUAUUUACUGAUUAAUAUGUCUUAAUUAAAACUGUCUGCUGCCA